AUGUUGGACGCCCGACAACGGGAAACACUACCGCCGGCACAGAAUACAGUGGACGAGUCGUGUAACGUAAGACCGGCUCCGCCGAGAUUCCGGUGCUUCCAGAGCGGCGACGGUAUCCGAGCGUCACAACACCCGGCCCUCCAGUCCCUACACGUGGCCUUCACUCGCCGUCAUAACCAACACGCGGACGGUUUGGCCGCCGCUAACCCCCACUGGAAUGACGAACGCGUUUUCCAAGAGGCCCGGAGACUAUUGAUAGCCGAGGAGACGGCUAUUAUUUAUAGCGAAUAUUUGCCCGCAAUUAUGGGUAAAACACUGACAAAACAUUUCGAUCUCGACGUCCAAUACUCGGGUUACAGUACAUACGACCCGACGACCAAUCCGUCCACAAUUCAGGAGUAUAUCGUAGCCGCGGGUCGUUUCGGUCACUCGCAGAUUAACGAUCUCUUCAAAGUCUUGAUGGGCGACAGGUCUUACUCUUUCCUAUUGAGAGAGAAUUUCUUUGAGCCGACGGCUGUUAGUUUGGGUCACGCUGGAGGUAUACUAAAGGGUUUGAUAUCAGACCCGACGGCAUCAUCGGAUCCCUUCUUCACGGGUGACGUCAAGAACUUUCUCUAUAAACUCCGAACUGAAAACUUUGGCAGAGAUUUGCCGGCGUUUAAUAUACAACGAGGUCGUGAUCACGGAGUGCCCGGUUAUAUAUAUUAUCUCGACUACUGCUUUGGGCAUUGGCGAGACAUCGACUUAUUCGUGGGCGGAGUGUCCGAAAGGCGUAUAUCCGACGCCGCAUUCGGGCCCACAUUUGCCUGCAUUAAUGGCAUUCAAUUUUAUCACUUUAAAUUUGGUGACCGAUUUUACUUUGAGCAUGGCUAUCAGCCAGGAUCAUUUAGUCCAGGCAUUGGCGAGACAUCGACUUAUUCGUGGGCGGAGUGUCCGAAAGGCGUAUAUCUGACGCCGCAUUCGGGCCCACAUUUGCCUGCAUUAAUGGCAUUCAAUUUUAUCACUUUAAAUUUGGUGACCGAUUUUACUUCGAGCAUGGCUAUCAGCCAGGAUCAUUUAGUCCAGCCAAAUGUCUUUUUCCACGCCUCCCCUCACAACCCGCUGAUGCCGUGUCAGGCAUAUCCUGAAAUAGACUACGGAUUAUGGGCUGAAAGCAGUUACGAUCAUUCAUCCUAUCAGCUAUAA